GCAAGCCAGCUCCUUAUGAUCUACAUUAUACUACUAAUAGCUCACCCAAAAGCCUCCCGCUCUGAGUUUUAUCACUUCUGCACGGAUGGAGGAGGAUACCGAUGACUUCGUGACUGAUGACGUCUCCGCUAUGGAUAACGCCGAGAAAGAAGAGCAUGAAAGACCACUAGAGUGCCAAGCACGAGCUUGUAACCGCUGUCGACAGCGAAAGGUACGCGGCGCCACAAUCACAACAUAUCCUAUGGCUGCGAGACUAGUCACUCAGACACUCCCUUGCAUUUUCUAGAUUCGCUGUGAUCGCUCAAUUCCCUGCUCACAAUGCAUUCGUGCAAAGACUCGAUGUAUGUACUCAGGCCGCCUCAGACCGAGAGAAAAAAGGCAACGGGUUUUGAUUUCAGCCCAGUAUGAACAAAGAAUGGAAUACAUGGUACAGAAGCUGGAUGAGCUCAGCCAGCAGGUGGCCACAUUGAGCAAUGCUUCAUUCAUCCCGUCGGGCUCCCAUCAGUCUGCGAUUAUCGAACCACCUCCCGUGGAUGAACGGGACCCGGAUACCCGCCCAUCAACAUUUGUAUCUCAGCCUCAAGUCAAAAAUGACUUGAAAAGCUGUGCGGUAGCUUCCAAAGCUGAAUAUGAAGGCGGAACGUCGCUAUCUGCCCACGCCAUUUUUGCAACAAGGUACCUCCAAGACGUGGUUAGCAGCACAAACUCUGUCCAGAUCGCGCAGGAGAUGACCUCAAUUCUUGAUACGCUACAUGGCAUAGUUGACGAUCAGAAACAGCAAAGGGAUACCCUUGAAAACCUUUACCCAUAUGCCAAACCAAUACCCCAGGGCUCUAGUAUAAGACAGCUUCCUCUACCCCCUGUCGAAAUGACUCUUACGUGCUUGCGGAUGGCCAAAGAGCAGCCCAGGAUUCAGCGUUUUUGGCUCAUUGAAUUACUCUCUGUUUCGCAGUUCAACGACUACUUCUUGAGAGUUUACUCACCUGGGCCAGCCACAGAUGCUGAUAUGAUCAUUGUGAACGGAGGCCUUUACUGGCUUUUCUGCGAAUGCGCUAGCCUAUUUGUAGAUUCAAAAGUUAAGGAAAACUACAUGUCCCAGGCUAUGCUGUGUCGGGAUAAUCUUGAGACAGUUUUGUCAAAUCUCCCGUUCCACAUGCCAGUCAACACUGAUGUUGUCUUUGCUAUGAAUGUUGCAGCAACAUACUGUCUUCAAAUGGCCAAGCCCUCAAUAGCAUGGAGUUUCAUUACCACAGCAGCACAUCUGUGUCAAACGCUCGGCCUCCAUAGCGCCCACUCUCUAAGCACAGACAACCCAGAAACUAAAAACGAAAAGAUUCGCCUAUUCUGGGCCGUGUUUCUCAUGGAAAAAUCGUUGUGCCUACGACUGGGCCGAUCGUCAUCUUUUCGAGAUGAAGACAUCACGGCACCGCGGCCUUCCCUUGGCCAGAGCAUGAACUCACUGUUGGUGCCUAGGUGGAUUGAUUUAGCAAGAAUCCAGGGAAAGACAUACAGCGACAUCUAUAGCCCUAGUGCUCUAAUGCAGUCGGUAGAUACCAGAAUAUCCCGUGCAAGGAGUCUGGUGGCCGAGAUAAAGAAACUUAUGGAUUCCGAAGAUGAGUUUGAGAGAAUUUAUAAUAACGAAAGUCGCCGUGCUAUCGGAGAUGAUCUCCACGAGAUUAUUCAGCGUUCAGAUAGGGUUUGCAAUCUAUCUCUACUAUCACUCAUCUAUCGAGCAAUCCCUCCUGAGAAACCAUCCGGAACCGCCUUCUGUGAUGAAUGCAUAGCUACAGCACGGGAAGCCCUCAAAGAGCAUGAAAAAUGUGUUGCUCUCAUUCUCAGCCGCCCUUGGGAUGAAGACUUUCUGGAAAUGUACAUCAACUGGACCCUACUUCAAUUUCCUUUCUUUCCUUUCAUAGUUCUUUUCUGCUACAUUAUCGAGACAUCUGAGCCCGACGACCUGAAAUGUCUCGGCGCGUUUGUCGAGGUACUACAGUCAAUCCGUUCGACAGUAACUUACAAAGGUUCCAGAAACCAGGUCCGCCUCUUCCGAGCCUUAUAUGACGUAGCGAGAAAAUAUGUCGAGGUGAAGGCCAGCACUCCCAGAGUACGAAUGAAUGUACCAAGUAGCAACAGCAUGGGUGUUCAUAUUGCAAAUCCGAAUGCCAUAGGGCCUAGCAUGCUUCUCCAGUCAUCAUCGAUGAACUCGGGCCAGGCUUCUUCUACCAAUGGAGCUCUACACAGUGUGUCAGAGGCUGGUUUGUCUAACCCGUGGGUCAAUAGUGGCCAACAGCUAUUGACGCAAAUGCCUGGGUAUGGCUCCGGUGUGUACGCUCCCGCGCUCGUGCAGACUGAUUUGAAUAGUACUAUGGCAAUGGACUUAACGGGCAUGGAGCUGGGAGACUGGUUCCAUGAGAAUCAUCAGAUGUUCCGGUUGUUGGAUGAUGGACAUCUUUGGUAGCUGUCUGAUGACUUCAUUUGGUACGUUCAGGUGGGUUCACCUACAUGUAUAACGGAAUUUGGUGAUCGUUGGCGUUGAUGCGUUUAGACUUUGCAUUAUUUAGACAUUUGUAUACAAGCGCAACCAUGA